GUACAAAUACACGUACAUGGAAGAGAUGCUGGGGAACGUGGCUGGGUCACGCCAGGUGUUUGAGCGCUGGAAGGAGCAAGCCUGGCAUUCCUACAUUAACUUCGAGCUGAGAUACAAGGAGGUGGACAGGGCACGCACCAUUUAUGAGAGAUUCGUGCUGGUGCACCCCGAGGUGAGGAACUGGAUCAAGUACGCGCGCUUCGAGGAGAGGCACAGCUACUUCGCCCACGCCAGGAGGGUGUACGAGCGGGCCGUGGACUUCUUCGGGGAGGAGCACAUGGACGAGCACCUCUAUGUGGCUUUUGCAAAAUUUGAGGAGAACCAGAAAGAGUUUGAAAGAGUAAGGGUGAUCUACAAGUACGCCUUGGAUAGAAUUCCAAAGCAGGAUGCCCAAAAUCUCUUCAAGAAUUACACCAUCUUUGAGAAGAAGUUUGGAGACAGAAGGGGAAUUGAAGACAUCAUAGUCAGCAAGAGGAGAUUCCAGUAUGAAGAAGAAGUGAAGGCAAAUCCACAUAACUAUGAUGCAUGGUUUGACUACCUGAGGUUAGUCGAAAGCGAUGCGGAUGCGGAGACAGUCCGAGAAGUGUAUGAAAGAGCCAUUGCCAACGUGCCCCCAGUCAAGGAGAAGAGGCACUGGAAAAGAUACAUCUAUCUCUGGAUUAACUAUGCACUAUAUGAAGAGCUGGAGGCAAAGGACGCGGAGCGGACCCGGCAGGUGUACCAGGCGUGCAUCGAGCUGCUGCCCCACAAGAAGUUUACGUUUGCCAAAAUCUGGUUGCUGUAUGCCCAAUUUGAAAUACGCCAGAAGAAUCUUCCACUUGCCAGAAGAGCUUUGGGGACAUCCAUAGGUAAAUGCCCGAAAAACAAACUGUUCAAAGGCUAUAUUGAGCUGGAGUUACAGCUGCGGGAAUUCGAUCGCUGCCGGAAGCUGUAUGAGAAGUUCCUGGAGUUUGCACCAGAGAACUGCACCUCCUGGAUCAAGUUUGCUGAGCUGGAGACCAUCCUCGGGGACAUCGACCGAGCCCGUGCCAUAUACGAGCUGGCCAUUAGCCAGCCGCGGCUGGACAUGCCAGAGGUUCUUUGGAAAUCCUACAUUGACUUUGAAAUAGAGCAAGAGGAGUAUGAGAAGACACGGAAUCUGUACCGCAGGCUGCUUCAGCGGACACAGCACGUUAAGGUAUGGAUCAGCUUUGCACAGUUUGAGCUGUCUGCAGGAAGGGAGGAGAGCUUGUCGAGGUGCCGGCAGAUUUACGAAGAGGCUAAUAAGGCCAUGCGAAACUGUGAGGAGAAGGAGGAGAGAGUCAUGCUGCUGGAAUCCUGGAGGAGCUUUGAGGAGGAGUUUGGAACAGAUGCCACUAAAGAGAGGAUAGAUAAACUUAUGCCUGAAAAAAUAAAGAAGAGGAGAAAACUGCAGGCUGAAGAUGGGUCUGAUGCUGGCUGGGAGGAGUACUAUGAUUAUAUUUUCCCAGAAGAUACUGCCAAUCAGCCUAAUCUCAAACUGCUUGCCAUGGCUAAACUCUGGAAGAAACAGCAACAGGAGAGCGAAGCUGCCGAGAUGGACCCAGACAAAGACAUUGAUGAGAGCCAGUCUUAAUCCAUUGCCUUUCCCCACCCCUUUCCUGGGGAUUGUAUAGUAUUUUCAUUGGUGACAAAUAAAUGUAUUUGAAGAGUUUUA